AUGGUAGUCAUCAAAGGCAUGCAAGGCGUCCUUGGCUGGCUGUUCUCCAUCCAAGCGGCCCUGAGUCAGGACAAGACCAACGGGAAGUCGCCCCUUGGUACUUUGAAUGCCGCCAAGCUGCCGCUCUUUAUGAGAAACAACCCGCUGCCCAACGGGUUCCCCUGGGGUGGACUGACUGCGGACGGCACCAACUACUACAAACAGUGGCCCAAUACCGGGGUCACCCGCAACUACGACUUCACCAUCAGUCGUGGUACCAUUGCCCCCGACGGCUACGAGAGAAAGGUUCUCCUGGUGAACGGGGCGUACCCGGGACCGACCAUCGAGGCCAACUGGGGAGACUGGAUCGAGGUGAAGGUCACCAACAACAUCACCGACGGCCCUGAGGGGACCUCGUUGCACUGGCACGGCUUCAGGCAGCAGAACACGCAGUGGGAAGAUGGAGUCCCGGCCAUCUCCCAGUGUCCCAUCGCUCCCGGCAAGACCUACACCUACAGGUUCCAGGCGACGCUGUACGGCACCACGUGGUACCACUCUCACUAUUCGUCUCAGUAUGCCGGUGGCUUGCUUGGACCGAUGGUUAUCUAUGGCCCUUCCAAGACCCAGCAAGAGAUUGAUCUUGGGCCCGUCAUUCUUUCUGAUUGGUACCACAAGCAGUACUUUGAUUUGAUCGAGGAUAUCCUCCAGGUCGGCGGAAGCGGCCUUGUAUUCUCCGACAACAACCUCAUCAACGGCAAGGGCAACUUCAACUGCUCCACGGUUGCUGCUGGAGACAACACAAAGUGCACCAAUAAUGCCGGCAUCUCCAAGUUCAAGUUCCAGACCGGCAAGACCCACCGCCUCCGCCUGAUCAACUCCGGCGCCGAGGGCACCCAGCGCUUCUCCAUCGACGGACACACCCUGACCGUCAUUGCGAACGACUUCGUCCCGGUGGAGCCCUACGACACCAAGGUCGUCACCCUGGGAAUCGGCCAGAGAACCGACAUCCUCGUCAAGGCCAACGCCGGGAACAACAACCCCAGGGGCGCCUACUGGAUGCGCAGCAACAUCACCAGCUGCAGUCUGGCCAACCAGCCUCUCGGACUCGCCGCCGUCUACUACGACCAGGCCGACCAGACCAAGGCUCCCACCAGCACCGCGUGGAACGUCCCCGACCCCGGCACCUGCGUCAACGACGACCUCGCCAUCACCAAGCCCGUCAUGAAGCUCAAGCCGGCCGCCCCCGCCGUGACCAAGACCAUGGAGAUCAAGCUCUUCCGCAACGCCUCCGGCAUCAUCCAGUGGUCGCUCGACGGCGAGGACUUCCGCGGCAACUUCAACAAGCCGACACUUCUUCAGGCGAACAAGGGCAACCUGACCUUUGACGCCGACUGGAACGUCGAAAACUUUGCCAGCAACGGCAGCAUCCGCGUGGUGGUCAGCAACAACAGCCCCGCAGCGCACCCGAUGCAUCUGCACGGCUUCAACAUGUACAUCCUCCACGAGGGCGACGGCCUCACCUGGGAUGGAACCAUCACCAACCCCGGGAACCCGCAGCGCCGCGACGUCCAGCUGGUCCGCGCCAACGGGCACAUGGUGAUGCAGUUCGACUCGAACGAGAACCCCGGGGUGUGGCCAUUCCACUGCCACAUCGCCUGGCACGCCUCGGCCGGCCUGUUCUCCCAGUUGCUGGUCCAGCCCGACAAGGUCAGGCAGCUCCAGAUCCCGCAGAAGGUCGCGGACACCUGCAGGGACUGGCAGCUGUGGACCCAGGGCAACGUCCCGGACGUGAUUGACAGUGGCGAGUAA